AGUCCGUGGUUGUUGAAAAUAUUGUUAUCAGUUCAUCACUAAUUAUGAUAAAAUGUAAAUAGAUUAAAUUAUAAUACUAAUUUCAUGAUUCUUAAACCAAAAUUUAAAUGAACAGAGCAUCAGUGAGUCCAUCGAAAUUUCACCUAGCUGAACAAUUUAGUGAUUACAUAAUUCUGAAGGAAUUUAAGCAUUAAUGAUGUUCCUUGAUACAUUGCCCCGGUUUCUUCCUGCGAGGAGUAAUUACUUGAUUCUUUCUCGAUGUAAGCAUGUACAAGCGGCUCGUUAUAAACGAUCUAUCAAGGGUAAUAAACCAUUAACAUAUGAGAUGGCUGGGCCACCACACACUAUUGCUCACAUCAAGGGUUGGAAUUCAUGGAACACGUGUAACAUGUUAGAUGGCUUAAGACCGGCUGAAACUGCAAUAGAUGACGAAUUCAUUCGUCGUUUCAUGACAGGCACUUGGCAUGAUUUAAUUGCUAGUGAAAUAAUCAUAAAAAGACAGCACAACAUAAUAAGAAUAGCUGCCAUAACAGUACAGAAAAUUAGUGUGACCAAAGUAUAUUUUUUAAUUGGUUAUACGGAAGAACUUUUAAGCUAUUGGCUGCAAUGUCCGAUCAAGUUAGAAUUACAGACUGUUGAAGACCGAACUGCAGUGGUAUUCAAAUACAUUUAGCCAUUUGGAAAUAAAUAAUUGUUGUGUCUAUUAGAAUUUUGAUAACAAUAUCAUUAGAUUUAAUGUAAUAAUAUUAAAUAUACAAAUACCUACUUAUUUUUUUUAUAAAAGUAAAUUAUUACAAUAAAAGUUGGUAUCAUAAUGAA